ACACGGGUAUUAAUAGGGAUUUUCUUUGUGUUGAGGACAUUCAAUAGCCUAUACAGAAGUCAACCAUAACAAAAUUUUCAAAAUAUCUCUAAUGCUUAAAUUCAAAAUGCACAAAGCUAGUGGAUAUUUGGUGAAAUGUGAACAUGUGUUGAUGAGUGUUAAUGUGUGAUGUUGAUUAUGCAGAUCUGUUGCAUGUGUUAAGCCGAUGUAAUGCACUGCAGGAUUACAGAGAGGUGCUGAAGUGUUUUAGAUAAGACCUCCACAUUGUCCCAAAGCUUUUCUGUUCAACAUGAAGACUUUCCUCGCUGCAUUGAUUCUGUUUGUCUCUGUGAUACACAGUGAGGGGUUGAAGUGUUUCACCUGUGUGGCUCAUAACCAGGAUGAGUGUGACAGACAGGGCUCAACUGUGUGUCCUGCUAAUGCAGAUGCCUGCUCCACCAUCACAGGGGCACACACUGUUCUGAAGUCAUGCUCUUAUAAGUCUUUCUGUGACAAGUCUCACAUGAGUAACGGUGAACUGAAGUGCUGCUUCAGUGAUGACUGUAAUGGACCCCAUCGCUCUCACAGUCACGGGGAAAACAACACUGCUGUGACCCUGAGCUCCAGUCCUGCUCUGCUCCUGGGCAUCCUGCUCUUUACAGUAGCUCUCAGAUCACUGUAAUUCAUCCUUUACUCUCUAUAGUCAUGUACAGAAUCAAUAAAUCCUCAUCUGAUGGAUUUAACAUUUUAAUGUAACUCAUAGAUAAGCUUUUAUCUAUAGGAUGGCCACAUAAUCCAUGUGCUACUUACAUUUAUUUAGAGGAUGAUUUCAUCAAAAGCAACCCUGCUGAAAAAGCAUAGACUGGCAUAAUUCCCAUGCUGGUUUAGCUGGUGGUCACCAGCAUACCAGCAUCAAAACACAAGAUAUGCUGGUCUUGCUGGUAUGCUGGAUUUCCAGCAGGCAAAAAUUUGCAAGACUUACGUAACUUACAUUUUGUCUGCUAUGGCUGAUCUAUAGUUUACUGUCGGUCAUGAGCAUCUGCAAACUAUUCA